AUGCUUGUGACCUUGAAUUUUAACGAGUGUGACUCUUACGGAUGCUUCUUCUUUACCUUCUUUCUCGACCCUCAAAACGAUGAGCCUUUCAUCUGUGAAGUACAUGAGUUUGUCAAGAGGCUUUUAUUCAAGUGUCAUGUUCUUGAAGAUUUGGAUGUGGAGCAAUGUCUAGAUGACAAUGUUUCCAUUUUCACAGUUAAGGUUCCUUCUCUUAAGAGUGCUUCUUUGUCUAAAUCAUCAGACAGACAUAUUGAUGAUGACGAUGGAUUUGUGAUAGAUGCUCCUUCUUUGGAGCUGUUGAAUGUUUGUACUAGGUCAGGCGGGUUUUGUACCAUUGAGAAUAAUAUGGCUAAUAUUGUUAAAGCAUAUGUUGUCGUUAAUCAUUCUCCUAAGGAAAUUCUAAGCGCUACCAUUUCAGUGAAGCGCCUCAUUUUUAUGUUUACCAUACUCAAAGUGCAUUUAACAAUAUGCACAUCUGAUAUAGAAUGGAUCAAUCUACUUAUGUGUAUACUCAGAGAUUCCCCCAAUUUAAAAGCCCUCAAACUAAAGCUAUAUUGCAUUCGGGAUCAAGCACAGCGCUCCUGUUGGAAUGAACCCAGUUCAGUUCCUGAAUGUCUGUCAUCGAGUCUUGAAACUUUUGAAUGGGUAGACUAUGAAGGAACCAAAGAAGAGAAACAAGUAGCAGUAUUCAUUUUAAGAAGCUAUGUUCUUGCCUUACGAGUCAAGUCUCAUGGAGACGGAGAUGAUCUCUACUUUUACCCGGCCACAACUUUAGAAGAAACGUUUAAUUAG